AUGCUGGUGAAUCGGAGUCCCCCCAGCUUGGGUCUGCGAUUCGCGCGGCCUAUAGCUCUGGUGGAAGUGCUCGAAACUCCCGGUUUAACGACAAGCCAGAUUCCGAUUGACCUUACCCAAUCUCCAUCUACCCGAAAGAGACAGGAGACUGAAACCGAACCCAACUCUGAUGACGAAAUCCUUACCAUGUUCGAUAAAGACACUGGUCCCGGCUCGGGAGGAAACCAAGAUGUUUGGGCAUCUUCUCUUCAUCCUUCGGAGGAAAGUGUCAAAGCCUCUGCCCGCAUAGUGGGCAUUGGCAAAUCCCUUGUUCUCUCGAUCGACAUGCCGCUCCUGAUUCCCUAUCCUGACUCGACUGCUAUGGCAUCAUACGUGACCUCUAUCAGCGGUAUGUUGAUCUUCAGUAACACGAAUGACGCCCGUGUGCUCGCAAGAGACACGGCGAACUUCAUGAAGUCACAGGACUGGGAGGACUCUGCUGGACUUGCCAUCCAGUAUGAGCGAGUCCUGGCGCCCCCUGAGGGAUUCCUACCGGUUCGCGUCGUGGCGGACAAGCUGACUGACCUAGGUCAGCCGUUGAAGCCAGCCGUGAUCUUCGAAGGACGCAAAUGGCCCCAGGUCAUUGCCGCGGAUGCACUCCGCCAGCUUGGCUGGGACGCUUUUGAUCAGAUUGGCCAGACCCCCGACAAUGACGAACAUGCUGCUUAA